GUCAUAUAGGUUGUCAUUAUUUUAGUUUUCGUGCUCUGCACCAACCCUCCCUCUGUGUCUUGAAUUGUGGCAAGUGUAGAGGGGGAUGUCGCAGGGCACAGGCACAGGCUCAGGCAGCAGCAAUGUGGUGGAUUUCGACCUUCCCGACGAGAUUCUCUCGGUCAUACCGACCGACCCAUACCAACAGCUCGAUCUCGCUCGCAAGAUAACCUCCAUGGCCAUCGCCUCCCGCGUUUCCUCCCUCGAAUCCGACGCCUCCCGUCUCCGCCACAAGCUUCUCGAAAAGGACCGCCUCAUCGCCGACCUCGAGGACCGCGUCUCCUCCCUCACCCGCGCCUCUCACCAGACCCAGUCCACCCUCAACAACGCCCUCAACGAAAACAUAAAGCUUACGAAGGAGAGGGACCAAUUGGCAGCAACAGUGAAGAAGCUAAGUCGAGACUUUGCCAAGUUGGAGACAUUUAAAAAACAACUUAUGCAGUCGCUAACUGAUGAUAAUGCAUCGCAGGCUGAAACCAUAGAUAUUGGAACCUGUGACCAAUCAGUUCCAAAGGCAUAUCCUGAUAAGGAUGAUGAUGGAAGUGGCUAUAUGGCACAUCAUUCACACAAUGGCCCUGCAGAUGUGGGUAAAACAAAUGAUGAAGCUUCGAGGUAUUCAGGGCAAAGGUUUUCUUUGACCCCAUAUAUCACACCACGUCUUACACCAUCUGGAACUCCAAAGGUGAUUUCAACGGCUGGGUCUCCUAGAGGAUAUUCUGCAGCUGGAUCACCUAAGAAAACUUCUGGGUCCACCUCUCCUACAAAGCUUCCAUAUGAAGGCCGAACAUCUCUCUCUUCAUGGUAUUCAUCUAGUCAGCAGUCAUCAGCAGCAAACUCUCCCCCUCGGGGACGAUCACUUCCAGGUCGUACUCCAAAAAUUGAUGGAAAGGAGUUUUUUCGUCAGGCCAGGAGUCGCCUUUCAUACGAGCAGUUCAGUGCAUUUCUCGCUAACAUAAAGGAAUUAAAUGCUCAGAAGCAAACAAGGGAGGAAACUUUAAGAAAAGCAGAUGAGAUAUUUGGGUCAGAUAACAAAGAUCUUUACUUAUCGUUUCAAGGAUUGCUUAACCGGAAUGCACGCUAGAACUGAAUGCAGCAUUGCUGGAUAUUGUAUGAGUUGGUUACUGACCCAACUCGGGUUCUUGGACUCAUGUUGGCUUUAGUCUUUGAUCCAUUGAAUCAAAAUUAAAAUCCAAUGAAGCACUUAUCCGAGGCAUUGAAUUCGAGAAUAUAUUAUAUUCCAUUUAGGGCCCUUGUUUUCUGUCAUUUUUAUUCCCCGUUGCAUGCUUGUAUAUUUAAUCUUGUGAUUUUUCUAAAUGGCAUGCACAUCUAGUUAAAACGAUGAAUGAGUUUUGCAAGAUUUUGUUUUAUGGAAAUCGUGUGAUGGGAAUUUUUUAAGAUGAAUCUGACAAUACUCAGUUGGAUGUGCAAAUGCAAAUAGUAGUCUGAAUGCUAUGUAACUACGAAGCAAGGUAAAUGCAAAAAAUGUGCUUCA